UUCUUCUGACACGGCCAAUUUUGAUAAGUUAGGAGGAGAUCGUUUGGUUCUUUUGUCACAAGCACUAGCGUCUGGUGGCGCCUUUUCCUUCAGCGGCUUUCCUCUUUGAAUACGUACUUCGAUUUGGCGCCUCCAUCGUCCCUUCAAUUUCCUGGCGUGUGCCGAGUCCGCCCAGCCAAGGCAAGGCAUGGCGGAGGGCGGGGACGGCGUGGCUCAGCAGGCGGAGCUCCGGCGGAUCGAGGGCAACGCCUGCUUCAAGAAGGCCCGCCUCGGCGCCGCCAUCGAUUGCUACACCGAGGCAAUCGCGCUCUGCCCCGACGUCGCUGUCUACUGGAUGAAUCGUGCCCUAUGCCAUUUCAGGCGCAAGGAGUGGGCCAAGGUCGAAGAGGAUAGCAGGAGGGCUCUUGCACUUGAUGACACUCUAGUCAAGGGGCACUAUUUGCUGGGAUCUGCGCUGCUCGACAAGGAGGAAUUUGCGCUUGCAAUCAAGGAAUUUGAAAAGGCUCUGAAUCUCUUGAAGUCUGCGAAUUCAACGGAUAAAAUGGCCGAGGACAUUUGGCAGGUCCUUGCGAAGGCGAAAUACCUAGAUUGGGAAAAACAUUCCACUGAACGAGUUUGGAGGAUACAAAGUUUGAAGGAAGCUUGUGAAAGUGCUCUGCAGGAGCAUCACUUUCUUAGCGGUACACUUGUAGAAGACUCGGAUGGAUCAAGCAAUGAGUAUUCAGAACAAAUUAAAAUGUUAUCAGAGGUCUUCAGCAAAGCGACACUUGCCGAUACACCAGUAGAUGUGCCCGACUACCUUUGCUGUCAGAUAACGUUCGAGAUAUUCAGAGAUCCAGUGAUCACACCCAGUGGUGUAACGUAUGAGAGGGCUGUACUUCUUGAACAUCUAGACAAGGUUGGCAAUUUCGACCCGGUAACACGAGAGCCUCUUAAGGAGCAUCAGCUGGUUCCAAACCUGGCCAUCAAGGAAGCCGUGCAGGCCUACCUGAAAGAGCACAGCUGGGCCUACAGGCUGAACUGACUGUUAGAUGCUGUUGAUACUUGGCAGUGUACGCGGAGUGCUUUGCUGACUGCUGCUGAUGAAUGGUCGUCUUAACGUUGCCUUUUGUAACUAUAAUCAUCUGUCCAUGUGCGUCAGGUUGACGUUAGGUUGCUCGAUUCAUUUCAUUAUUGGGCAUGUUGAGUUGUAACUGAAGACAUUGACCGAUUGGAUCAAAUGUACAUAAACAUUGAAGGUAGAAUAGCUAUUUUCACUCUGUCAUCAGUUCUUGACUCAACCAACAUUCGGCAUUGUGAUCAUGAAAUCCACCUUUUUUUUCCUUUUC